AUGUUGAUAGCGGGGAUCCUCUGGAUAUUGCUGCUGGGCUCUCCGCAAGUGGAGAGCAAGUUCAAGAGCCUCCACUGUACUAGCCUGGACAAGGACUAUGGGGAGUUUCUUCUGUGCAAAAUACAGGCCAUCAAUCGGUACAGGAACUCGAUCAGCAUUUCGUAUCUGAACAAGCACACAGUCCCCAGUCACUUGACCGUUCGCUUGGAGUUUUUCAAACGUGCUAAUGGCUGGCGACCUUUUCUCUACAACAUCACGCUGAACGUGUGCGAUUUCUUGGAUAGGAAUAAGACCAAGCCAAAUAACAACAACAGGAUCGUCUUCCGCCUGGCUGCGGCCUACCUCAUACCCUAUAUAACUCGCAGCUACUCCUGUCCUUUCAUGGAAAAUACGGUGCUGAAACUUGUGAAGCUAGAGUUCGAUGUGGAAAAGUUCCGCACUCGUUUCCCCAUCGAGACGGGCGAGUAUGCUCUGCAGUUCAGUUUGUAUCACAAAAAGGUUCUUAAGUAUACUGUCAAUGGAUCGAUGGUGUACUCCAACUACAGAGAGCACUAA